CUCCCACCGUGACACGGGCUGCGGGCAGCGCCGGGCGGGGACGGAGCCGGCACCGCGCGGCUGGAGGUCGGCUCGGCCGGACGUCGCUCUGAGCUCCCCGCCGUGCUCCCAUCCCUCCCUGCUCGCCGGAAAGAAGAGGAUGUGAGUGGGCUGUAAGAACUGAGCGAGAUGGAUGGAGAGCUGCUCAGUGCAGAGGUGGAUGGAGAAGCACCCGCCGCCAUGGAGGAUGUGGGAGGAGAGGCAUCCUGUGCUGAGGGCGAUGCAGAAGGAGAGGUGUCCUGUGCUGAGGUGGAUGGAGAACCUCCCGCUGCCAUGGGGAAUGCAGCAGAAGAGGUUUCCUAUGCUGAAAGCAGUGCAAAAGGAGAAGGCCCUUAUGCUGAUGGCCACGUGGAAGGACAGAUGUGCUGCUCAGACAGCGAUGGGGAAGGAGAGCUGCUCUGUGCCAAGGCUGAUGUGAAGGGAGAGGCGUCUUGCUCUGAGAGCGAAGGGGACGAAGUGCCUGACACUGAGAUCCCUGUAGCUUCCAAGAAGAUCUCCUUUAUUUCUUCUCCCUUGAGGGCAAUCAUCCGCCUCAAGCAGCGCUACCGGGUGCAGAAGAAAAGCCGUCUGCACUUCGAGCUCCCCCAGGAAAAGUCAUCCGAGCCCGUCCACACGCGGCUGCUCCAGAGGCAGUUUUCCCUGAACAGGUCUGGUCUGUACGGCUCCUCCAAGUCCUUCUUCAGCCAGUCUGGCUUCAAGACCUCCCAGUACUUCACCUUUGAUACAUCGGUGGAGGAGUGGGCCAUGAGCAAACCCAGGAGGAAAAAGAAGAGAAGGAAAUCUCGUGUAGUUCUGUACCCCGACAAAACAAAGCGGUACCUCCCAGCGGAGGAGAAGAGCAACGCCAAACGCUGCCUCCUGCUGCUCAUCGUCAUCAUCUUCUUCCAGAUCCUCAACGCCAUAGAGAACCUGGAUGACAACCUCCAGAAAUACGACCUGGAUGGCUUAGAGAAAACAAUGCACCGGGAGGUGUUUGGGCAGAAGCUGGCUGUGGAAAGUAUUAUGCAGCUGCUGAAGGACUAUCUCGCUACCCACAUCCAUAACAAGCCGCUGGUCCUCUCAUUAAAUGGCCCCACAGGAGUGGGGAAGAGUCACGUUGGCUGGUUGCUGGCCAAGCAUUUUCGCUCCGUCAUGGACAAUGACUUUGUGCUGCAGUACUUUGUCAUGCACCACUGCCCCAGCGGCGUGGCUCCUCUCACCUGCGAGACAGACUUGUCUAAAAAGAUUUCUGACAUGGUCACGAGAGCUGAAAUAGAGGAGAAGAUACCGCUGUUCAUUCUGGAUGAGGUUGAACUCAUGUCUCCGGUCCUGCUGGAUGCUCUCAGCCGGUUCUUCGAACCCAACCAAACCAAUGAGUUCCUCAAUGCCAUCUACAUUUUGAUAAGCAACAUUGGGGGUGGUGAAAUCACCAAGUUUGUCAUCCAGAAUGCAUCUGCUGAGCUCCUGCAGCAGCAGAGCGGAGCUGAGGAGCUGCUGAAUGUCAUCCAGCCUGUGCUGGCCCAUACCCACCCACUGUGGAAGGCAGCAGACAUCGUCCCCUUUGUUCUCCUGGAGAGGAGUCACGUCAUAGACUGCUUCCUGGAGGAGAUGAGGAGGGAAGGGCUGUACCCCGAGCAGAGCCACGUCGAGAGGUUGGCCAGCCAGCUCAGCUACUACACUACAGGCGGCAAGGAGUUCUCCAGGCUGGGCUGCAAGCAGGUUGUGGCCAAAGUCAACCUGCUGUAGGGAUUCUAUGCAGAGACAUGUCCCGUUCUCAGGAUUUACAGCCUUGUGAGGAGUGUGUGAGGGCAGAGCAGCUCAGUGGCUGCCUUGGGGCUGCUGGUCAGGGCAGGGGGUGGCAGCCCAGCUCUGCAGCACAACCACUCCUCUCCUCUGGGUGUUCCCUGUGUUUGCAGAGUGCAGCAUGGCCAGUGACAGCCCCACAGCAAUUAGAGACACUUUGUUUGUUACUCAUGCAGCCAUUAGAAUGAGGACAGACGCUGUGCAGUACCAAGUGAAGGAAGAAACCAUCACCCAUUUGGGUUCUCUGUCUCAGCAGCACAUGGAGCCGCAUCUCACUGUGUCCAGGGCUGCAGCCUUCACUGGGAGCUCUUCUGCUUUUUGCUGCUGGGUGCAGCUCACCACGCUCCUUAUCUAGAAAGCCCAAAAUAGCAGCUGGUGUCUGUUGGGCAGCACGCACUGGAAAAGACUGUUUGGGCUGUGUGGGUACGGGGCAGCAGGAAUGCUGGGCCCUGUAGAUGUUCUUUGCCACUGAGACCCAGUGGGGGCACAUUGCCUGGAGGUACCUCGGGAGCAGCAGGUCUUUGUUGUGAGCAGGUGGAGCAUUCGUGGCAUUGCUUCUCCAGGUUUUGGUUUUGUGCCCGGGUCCUCUUCUACAGUUUGCUGUGAACGAUCACGUCCGUAAUCCUGUGGAUGUCUGCACUGGUUGUUUGAUUUGCCUCUUUCUAAUUGUUGGUCUCCAAAGACUUCCAUCACAAACUUCUGCUUCUGGAGUUACUGUCAGGAAUAAAUCCAAACUAUCUUGAAUAAAUUAAUUUGAAAGUA